GUAUUCUCAAUUUUAUGGAAUUAUAUUGCAAUAAAAAUGAAUAAUAUGUUAACAUAUGUUUUAAACAUACCUCGGCGAUUUAGAGCCGGUUAUCGACCUGAUCCGUCGGCUAUGCAGCAGAUUUUUUCUGAAAACGUAAUCGGCAGCUGCGAAAAAGUGUGCAGUAUUAUUUGCAUUCUUCUCCUUAUAACCGGAGUGGCGGUUGCUGUCUCUGAUUACCCUGGUCUUAAUUUUUUACUCUUCUUGGUGAUUCCUGUUGGCUGCUGCUUGUAUUCGCCGCUCAAAAAAACACUGCAUCAAGUGAAAAAAACACUGCAAAUAUGCUUUCGCUACUGCAGAAUCUGCUGUUGGUGGUGUUUCGGAACUGCCGAACCGUUUGAUCCUGAAGAAGUUCUGACUCAACUGCUGACUCGAGAUUCUCCGACUGAAAGGACACCGUUACUGGAGGCAGUGAAUCAAGAAUCUCCGACUGAAAGUACACCGUUACUGGAGGCAGUGAAUCAAGAAACUCCGACUGAAAGGAUACCGUUAAUGGAGGCAGUGAAUCGAGAGCCUCCGACUGAAAGUGCGUCGAUACCGGAGUCGCUGAUUCCAGAGCCUCCUGCUGAAAGUACACCGGUACCGGAGUCUCUGAAUCGAGAGUCUCCUUCUGAAAGUACGCCGGUACCGGAGUCUCUGAAUCGAGAGUCUCCUUCUGAAAGUACGCUGGUACCGGUGCCGUUGGAUCGAGAGUCUCCUUCUGAAUGUACGCAGGUACCGGUGCCGUUGGAUCGAGAGCCUCUGGCUGAAGGAACGCAAGUACCGGUGCCGUUGGAUCGAGAGCCUCCGACUGAAGGAACGCAGGUACCGGUGCCGUUGAAUCAAGAGCGUCCGAUUGAAGGUAAAUCAUUACCAAGCUGUUCGACUGAAGGAGUGCCACUACCGGAGCCUUUUUCUGAUGUUUAAGACUCUUUCCAGAUCACAACGAUUUCUUGAAUGCCGA